ACUGGCAUCACCAGGGAAACCGUCCCUGAGCUGCAGUCCACUGACCAGCUUCAUGGCAGCCUCUAAGCAAACCGCUGUGGGGCCGUUGGUGGGAGCGGUGGUCCAGGGAACCAACUCCACUCGCUUUCUAGUUUUCGAUACUAAAACAGCAGAACUAGUUGGCAAUCAUAAGGUGGAACUGACACAGGAGUUUCCAAAAGAAGGAUGGGUGGAGCAAGACCCCAAGGAAAUCCUUCAGUCUGUCUAUGAAUGCAUAGCGAAAACUUGCGAUAAACUUGCUGAGGUGAACAUAGAUAUUUCCAACAUUAAAGCUAUCGGCGUGAGUAACCAGCGGGAAACCACUGUGGUCUGGGACAAGCUCACGGGAGACCCUCUGUACAAUGCCGUAGUGUGGCUUGAUCUCAGAACCCAGUCUACUGUGGAGAGUCUCAGUAAGAAAAUUCCAGGAAACAGCAACUUUGUCAAGUCUAAGACAGGCCUUCCGCUUAGCACUUACUUCAGUGCUGUGAAGCUGCGGUGGAUGCUGGACAACCUAAGACACAUUCAAAAGGCUGUCGAUGAAGGCAGAGCCCUGUUUGGAACCAUCGAUUCGUGGCUCAUCUGGUGUAUGACCGGAGGAGUCAACGGAGGCGUCCAUUGUACCGAUGUAACAAAUGCAAGCAGAACGAUGCUUUUCAACAUCCACUCUUUGGAAUGGGAUAAAGAACUCUGUGACUUUUUUGAAAUUCCAAUGAGCAUCCUCCCAAACAUAUGCAGUUCUUCUGAGAUCUAUGGCCUGAUAACAUCAGGGCCCUUGGAAGGCGUGCCAAUAUCUGGAUGUUUGGGAGAUCAGUCUGCUGCUUUAGUGGGACAAAUGUGCUUCCACGAAGGUCAAGCCAAAAACACAUACGGAACAGGAUGUUUUUUACUAUGUAAUACAGGCCAGAAAUGUGUGUUUUCUGAACAUGGCCUUCUGACCACAUUGGCUUACAAACUAGGCAAAGAUAAGCCAGUUUUUUAUGCUUUAGAAGGUUCUGUUGCUAUAGCCGGUGCUGUUAUUCGCUGGCUAAGAGACAAUUUCGAAAUUAUAACGACCUCACCGGAAGUUGAAGAUCUUGCAAGAGAGGCAGGGACUUCCUAUGGCUGCUACUUUGUCCCAGCCUUUUCGGGGUUGUAUGCACCUUACUGGGAACCCAGUGCAAGAGGGAUAAUCUGUGGUCUCACUCAGUUCACCAACAAAUGCCACAUUGCCUUUGCUGCGUUAGAAGCUGUUUGUUUCCAGACCCGAGAGAUUCUGGAUGCCAUGAAUCGCGACUGUGGAAUUCCACUCAGUCAUUUGCAGGUAGAUGGAGGAAUGACCAACAACAGGAUUCUUAUGCAGCUACAGGCAGAUAUUCUGCACAUUCCGGUAGUUAAGUCAGUUAUGCCUGAAACAACGGCCCUGGGAGCUGCCAUGGCAGCUGGAGCUGCAGAAGGGGUAGAUGUUUGGAGUCUUGAACCCGAAGAUUUGUCUGCAAUCUUGAUGGAACGAUAUGAACCACAAAUCCAAGCCACAGAGAGUGAAAUUCGUUUUUCAACAUGGAAGAGAGCGGUGAUGAAGUCAAUGGGUUGGGUUACAGCCAAGGAUCCUGAAAAUGGCGGUGGCGGCAGCAGCGAUAACCCUGUCUUCUCUUGCCUGCCCUUGGGUUUUUUUAUAGUGAGUAGCAUGACAUUAUUAAUUGGAGCAAGAUGUGUCUCAAGUGCUGAAGAGUAACUUCAACCACAGACUUGCAAUGGGAGAGCUUUUAAUAGAAUGAAUUCCAUCUUUUAGUGUGAGACCAAUAUUAUAGAUUUACUUUUACCUAUAAGCCACUUGCUACAGGAACCCAUGAAGCGCCUACAAAUACUACUUAAAAUAAAGGUUUUGAAUAAAGAGAGCACAUUAGAAAAACA